UGGGUUCUCAAAACAAAUAAGCUUAAUAUUAUAGAAGUACUGUGUCGGUCUCGGUAACGCGUGUUCCGUUAACACUGAAAUCUCUUUGUUUCUUAGUUAUUGUACCGAUUGUGGUAUCUUUUAUCCCAAUUCUAACUCCUAGUAGAAUCUUAGUGGAUUCAUAAAACCUGAUUAAGCUUUCUCCGUUUUCUCAACCGAAGCCGGUUGGCGUCGUCGCCACAAUGGAAGUUGAAAGCAUUGUGUCCGACUCUGAAAACGUGGUUAUGGAAGAAAACGAGAAGCCGGUGGUAGAGCAAGGCGCUGGUGACGCCGCUGCCUCUAUUUCAGGCCGUGUGCGUCGUAGGCACAAGAAAUUGGCCCGUACUAACAGCAAGGAGGGAAGCAACGUAUCCGCGCCGCUUCCGAAAUAUCGCAGCUGGAAGAAUAGUCGUCGACCAAGGAACGGGCAUGGCAGGGGCUUGCCUAAAAAAGGUGGUGCUGGUGGGAAGGGAGUUUGGGGUCUGCCUGGCUCGGAGAUGCUGGAAGAAUACGCGGAAGAUGAGAACGAUCCAAACUACGACUCUGAAGCCAUAACCAAUGGUGAUAUUGAGUUUAAACAAGUGAUUGUUGAGGCUGAGCCUGAAGAAAUUGUGCGUAAAUCGGAGCCAGUGAUACUGGAGUACUUCGAGCAUGGUGAUACAAACGCAGCGGCUGAGGACUUCUUGGAGUAUGUCACGGCGAAACGGAGCCACUUGGUAUGCGAAACAAUAGUUGAAAUCGCGUUGGACCACAAACCGUCGCACUGUGAAAUGGCGUCGGUGCUCAUCUCGGAUUUGUAUGGGAGAGUUUUCUCGGUUAGAGAUAUCAGCUAUGCAUUCGAGAGGUUAUUGGACAAGUUACCCGAUCUCUUACUGGACACGCCCGAUGCGACAGUACUCCUGUCUAACUUCAUCGCCAGAUGUGUUGCUGAUGAUUGUCUUCCGCCGAGAUUCGUUCAGGCCAUGUCCAAUGUUGAGUUGAAUCCGGCUGCCAGACAAACUAUCCAAAGAGCGGAGACUCUACUCUCUAUGAAGCAUGGACUCGUCCGGCUGGACAACAUUUGGGGCGUUGGUGGUGGUAUUAGGCCAGUGAAAUCGCUGAUCCGUCAGAUCCAACUUCUCCUGAAAGAGUACCUGACGUCAUCAGACUUGAAUGAAGCCAUGCGCUGCGUGAAGGAUCUGGAGGUGCCGCAUUUCCACCACGAGCUGGUGUAUGAGACCGUGUUAUUAGCAGUUGAAGCGAUCAAUACAAGUGUUGAAGAACAACUUUGCACGUUCCUGUCCGAACUCCGGCGCAGUGUUAUUGUCACGCCCGAUCAAAUGGACAGGGGUUUUCUCCGAGUGCUAGAAGACAUGUCUGAUAUAGUAUUGGAUGUGCCCCUCGCGUACAUUAUGCUGGAUCGCUUUGUUGAACGGUGCCAGCACAAGUUCAGAUUGGGCGAGACUGUUCUCAAGCGUAUGCCAACUCGAGGUCGCAAACGCUUUGUGUCCGAAGGUGACGGUGGCGCCAUCAAGGACCACGCACUGAAACUGCGCGAGUAAACCCGCCGUAUACGCAUAGUAUGGUGUAUAAUGUAUUUUUUACGAAAAAACUUUUUUUUUUUUUUGUAAGUUGUAUGAAAUUUUGUAAGAUUUUUUUUUUCAAUUUCUCGGGUAUUUUUUACAUUCAGUU